GCUCUGUAGCCGUUUGCUGCUCUUAAGGCUGUUCCAAAGAUAAUGCAGUUUAUUGAAGGGCACAGUUAAAUGUUCGGACCUGCCAACAUAAAAAGAACAUGUUCCCUGGUGAAGUGCUUAACAUCUGACAGCUGUUGCAACAUUUAAUGCUACAACAAAUUGUUUAAAUUAUCAAAAACGACUUUUAUUAAAAAGUGUGAACACACACUAUACUGUGAUACUUUACUACAGGUCACAGUACAUACUUCACAUGUCCCCUCAAGAAGGACACUGUCAGAAAAGGCAAUUUUAUUUUAAAGGCCAUUUUAUGGUAUUGAAACUUUACUUGUUUCCAUUGUGACAGAUUAUACUGUAUACUUUUAGUUCAGAGUAAAAUGUGCAUUUCACUUCUCUACAUGUAUCUGAUUGCUGUAUAGACUGGGCUACAAGCAUGAUAUUUUUAAAACUGUGCCAUCUUGUUUUUUGAUGCUCAAGUGCAUCUCACUGUUAAAAGAAACAUGAUUGCAUUAGUUAUUAAUUAUUGUGACUUUUUCGUGAAAUAUUUUGAUGCUUUUUCCACCACUGGUUUUAAAUAAUGACUAAGGUAUUGAACCCAUCAGUCUCUGGUGAAAGAAUCUGCACACAUUUGAUUGGUUGCAUCUAUUUUAUCAUUUUAAAAUGGAAAUGAAUCGGUCAUGAUACUGUGCUUCAAAUAUAAGACACCAGAUAUGUACAAACCACCUUCAUCAUAAAUAAAAAAAAGGCUGAGUUGAGUUAAAAAACUAACAUUGGGCCUGUCCAUUAUUUAGUUUUGUGCGUAGGUGUUGAGUUGAUAAUCUGAGUUUCAAGGCCUGUUUGUAAUUCUAAAGCUACCAUUGCCUAAGAUGUAGAGGUCAUUCACCCUGAUACUAGAACCAAACCACCCACACUAUAAAACAAACACAGGAUGGGAAGAAGUGUCAUUCUUACCUGAACACAUACAUGUCCAAAAAUUCUGGUAGUCUUUCAGUACCUAUUAUUUAGUCCUACAUAAAUAUUAGAUAAUACAUGCGUUAUCUGAUUUGAUUUAGCUAAUAAAUGUAGCAAUUUUUUUGAUUUGCAUGUAAUGAUUUUAUUAUUGCUACAUCUAUUUUACAUUAUUGUUCAUUUUAUGUCUUUUCCAUGUGAAGCACUACUUCAUUAUCAUUAUUGUUGUUGUUCUUGUAUUGGAAACUUGGUGCAUUAUUGGCACUACAUUAAACCAGAGAUGUAAUUAUUUCCUCAAUUCAGUGCAUCACCUCAGCAGCUGCUAUGGACCAGAGACUACUUGUUAAGUGAACUACUUAUGUUGCAUUCAUCCUCCCCUUAUCUGCCCUCUUGUGGUUGAGAAGCCAAACUAAUUUAGUGCAAUUUCUUUGAAGCUAUAAUCUUACACUGUGUGAAUAAUAAACUGGAUAAAAAUUGAAAUUAUUGAUCAAGCUUGUAGACAGGAAACUUGUUCUAAUUUACUUUGCUGUAGACAACAGUCAACAAUGGGUUGCACAAGAGAGGCAUCAACAAUCUGAUAUCACACUUUGGCUCUGGGACAGAACAAAUGCAUCAUUUAGCAUCACAGUGUUAAUGCAACCCCUCACUGUGAGCUGUGAGUGAGAGGCUUGGGGGGCAGAAGGUGCUGUUUGACACACCACAGGGAUCCUUACAUUCAACUUCCCUUACAAUAAAACAUGCAUGUAAUUUUACCUUUGAUGCUUGAUUUAGUGGAUUUUAGGGUGUCAUAAAAUGCUUACUGUCUUUGAAUUAAGAGAACUCUCUCGUCUCCAGUUAGAUUAGCAACAUCUCUGGAGGUCAGCAUAGCAGCUGCGGAAAAUCAAAGCUCUGGUUACUAUGAUGUGAUGAUGAUAAGAAAAUGGCUGUGGUUUCUACACAGAGUAAAUGCUUCCUCUUUAAUGCAAUGUUCCCACUGAAGAAGACAUUACAACAGGACCAGCUGCUGCCUACACAACUCUGAGCUAAAGAAAGACGUGGUGGAAAGGAGACUAAGACCUUCCCUGUGCUCCUUUUAUGAGGAGAUGGCAGAAAUAACUAUGACACAUAAACAUAUCUGUCUUCACACAUAGAAUUAUUUGCUAAAUGUAAACCUGGAUCUGUGAAGGGUAUUCUAGAGCCUCCAUUGAAAAUGAAUUUCCUACAAAAUACACCUACACUUGGAAAGUGGUAUUUUAGGCAUUGUAUUGUAGUUUAAGUAUAGAUGGAGAAUGUACUGUGAGUGGUGUUUUCAAGUGCAGUACAAAAUAUUAAGCGCGUACACUCACCAAGGACCCAAUCAAGUGAAAGACAAAUAAAUAUUAUAAAUCUCAUAUUAUUCCAUUUCAUCACGGGUAAAUGUUAUCGCUUCACAUGAGUAAGAUGUGCCAAAUGUGAGUAAGAUGUGCCUUUCCAUUUUAAAUGCACUGAUAUUGUUAAAUUAAUUUAUUUUUAAUGUAUUUAACGCAACAUAUUUAACAAUAUGUUGACGAAUAAGGAGAUUACGAGGAUUCAUGAACGCCGCAUACGGCUCAGCCAGUCAGAGCCACAGUUCCAUCGUCAACAGGAAACGGGGGAAGCGUCCUUGGAGAUGUUGUUAGUGGUGUAACUUUUGCAUCUUUCUCCACUCUGCGUACACGGUGUCUGUGUCAAACAACUGACAACCCAUCGAUAACACCACAAAGGCUCAUGAGAAAACGAUUAAAAGUUUGGAAGUAACCAUGACUGCAGCUGCUCUCAUUGGAGACCAGCUGAUCCUUGAAGAGGACUACGAUGAGAACUAUAUACCCUCUGAACAAGAGAUCAAAGAGUACGCAAGAGAAAUUGGCAUUGAUCCCGACAGUGAGCAGGAGCUCCUGUGGCUGGCCAGGGAGGGCAUCGUUGCCCCUUUGCCUGCUGAGUGGAAGCCUUGCCAGGACGUGACAGGGGACAUCUACUAUUUCAACUUCUCCACGGGCCAGUCCACCUGGGAUCACCCCUGUGACGAGCACUACCGCCGCCUGGUGGCUCAGGAGCGUGAGCGUGCCCAGCUCACAGCCGCCGCAGGAGGCACAGGGGCGAAGAAAGACAAGGACAAGAAGAAGAAGAAAGAAAAGAAGGAAAAGAAAGAGAAAAAGAAAAAGGAGCCACUCAAGACUCCUGGAGCACUGACUUCAGCCUUGGGGCUGUUACCGUCCCCGCUGGGCAGCUUGGCUCCUCUGAGAGGUCUUGAUGCCCCUGGCCCGGGUCCACUCUCUGGGCCUGUCCCUGCUCUCCGAGGGUCCCUCAGCAGCUCUGGGGGGCUGGAGCCCCUCAAGACUUCCCUAGGGGGUCUUCGAAGCAGUGGGGCAUCUAGUGUUUUAGGCAGCAGGCAGGAGGAGAGAGUGUCCCUUACUCUGCCUGGUUUUGAUGAUGACAAUGAUGAAGACAAAAUCUCAGAAACUGAGCCGAGUCCUCGUGGUUCAGACAGGCUAUUGAAGAACCUCCACCUGGACCUGGAUGCUCUUGGAGGAGGCCUACAGUAUGAGGACAGUGAAGACAGUGGUCGAGCUCCACCAGAGGAGAGGACAGAGCCGGAGCUGCAGGACUUGGCCCUGUCUGGAGAACACAGCCCUGAACCACCGUCCCAACAGGAGUCUGACACCAGUAAAAACAUUGAGGAGGCUUCAUCCUCCAUAGAUGUCAAGCUGUCGGAGAAGGUUCUGGACAUCAACGAGCUGUCUGGCACUGUCAGUCCACUGGAGAAAGAUGACAGACAGGAAACAAAAGAAGAAGAGGAAGAGGAGAAUGAGGAGGAGGCAAAAACAAAGGCAAAGGCUGCAGAGCCUACCAAGAGGCAUAUGCUGGCUGAAGACAAAGGCAACUGUCUAGACCAUAAAGUUGACCGACUCGUCCUGCACCAGUCCAGUCCUUCACCCACCCUCUCCAGCCCCUCCCACUCAGAGCGAGGUGUUGAGCUUCAACCAAAAGCCGGAGGUUUUGGUAUUUCUUUGGGGCUCCAGAGGCCUGAAACCGCCAGAGGUCGGCUGGUCCGCACUUCCAAAACCAGAGUCGAAGAUGCUGCACCCUCCUUAAAAAACCAAGACAACUCACUGGACGAAGAGCCAAGCUGGAGGGUUCGAAAAGACAGAGAGAAGAAAGAGAGGGAGGAAGAAGAGGAGAGGGAGAGGACAGAGAGAGAGGAGAGGAGUCUGAGAGAAAGGAAGGAGAAGGAGAGGGAGAGGAGACAGGCCGAACGGGAGGUGGAGGAGAAGGAGAGGGAGAGGAGACAGGCCGAACGGGAGGUGGAGGAGAAGGAGAGGGAGAGGAGACAGGCCGAACGGGAGGUGGAGGAGAAGGAGAGGGAGAGGAGACAGGCCGAUCGGGAGGUGGAGGAAAAGAGGAAGCGUUUGAUGAGGGAGAAAGAGAAGAGAAUAAGUCUCCUCCAGAAGGAGCUGAGGCAAGAAGAGGAGGAGGAGGAGAAGAAACUGAAGGAGGAGAGCGAGGAAAGACUGAGGGCUCUGCAGCAGCAUCUCCUGUCUAAGAGGAGAGAGGAGGAGGCCAGGCUCACUGAGGAGUCUGACAGGACACUGGAGGAACUCAGAGAGUCUGUCCAGAGGGAGAGGGAGAAGCAGCAGCACAAGCUGAGGGAGGAGAGUGAGGCCAUGCUGAAAGAGUUACAUAUCACUCUAGAGGAAGAACGAGCAGCGGAGUGCGACAAGCUGGAGGCCCAGAGGAGGAAGGAGACUGAACGUCUGCAGGCAGAGCUGGAAGAGGAGCUGCAGGCAGAGAGGAGGAGACUCCAGAGAGAGAGGGAAGAGAAGCUGAACUCUAUGAAACACGAGGUCAAAAGCAUCGAGAGGAGGAGGGAGCUGAUGGCGAGUCCACGACCUGAACAGCACCUGGCAGAGUACCACCGAGAGCUGGCUGAUGUGCUCCAGGAAGUACGGGAGGAAGUGCAGCGCGAUCACGAGAGGAAGCUGGAGCAACUGAAGGAGGACCACCGGAGAGAGAUGAACAAUAUCAGAGAAAAAUACCUGGAUGAGGAAACCACUCAGAGGGAGCGCUUGCUGUCCACUCUGCAGGAGGACAGAGAGCGUCUCCAGGCCUCCCAUGCUGUUCAACUGGAGAAACUCCGGCUACAACUCGACAUGCAGAUACAAAAGAAACAUCUUACACACACGCGCAAGGAGUCAGAACUGCAGGAUCGGGCAGAUCAGUUGGAGCUGAGGGCCAAAGAGCUGAAGAGCCAAGAGGCCAUCCUGCAGACCAAGGUAGCAGAUCUUAAGAGAAGGAGGAAGAAGCUUGGGGAGGAAGAGGGGGAGGUGGACAGACAAAUAGCGACCUUACCCCGGCUGAUCCAGGAGAGGGACCAGCUGCAGGAGGAGCUGGACAGAAUGAGAGAGGAGAAACACCAAGCCCGAGAACUCAUCCAGAGAGCCAGGGAAGAGGAGGAGAGGCUGAGAGAGGAGAGAGACAAAGCCAGAGAGGAGUGCAGGAGAGCGAAAGAGGACAAAGAGAGGCUGGAGAGCAAGGUGACGCUGCUGCAGGAGAGAUGUGACCGUCUCAGCCGCAGAGUCAGACAAGAACCUAAACAUGACAAGAAGGAGGAGAAAACAGAGGUGACGGCGCCCUCCAGUGACAAGAGAGAUUCAUCACUACAUGUAGAAGACCUGGACUCACCAGUCUCCUCUGUGCCUGACAGCCAGAGCAGCAUGGACGAGUUCCGACACUACAUCUCCUCACACGGCGCUUCCAUCCAAAAAACCAAACUCUUCCUGGAAAGGGAGAGCAACCGGCUGAUGGAGAGACAGGCAGCUCUGCAGGCAGCCCAGUCCACCUCCUCUCAGGAUCCCAACCAUGAAGGAGGGGUGACUGAGGAGAUGAUAAGAAACCUCAUGCAGGAGGCCAGAAAUGUGGCGGAGCUGCAGCAGACAGUUCAGAGGGGGAACUCUCUCCUGCGGAGGAAAGAGGAGCAGCUUCAGCAGCUGGAGAGCUCGAUAGCUGAGGAGCCUCUGUUAGACGAUCUGUCUCGGCUGGGGGGAGAAAGGAAGGUGACCUUUGAUGUCACUGAGUCGGACCUCAGCAGCACUGUGGAUCCACCAGAUGGGACAGGAGCUCAUCCCACAGUCCCAGCCAAAGUCCAGGAGUUAGCAGAGUCCCUGCAGCAGAUCUCGGGCCAGCUCAACACCGUCCUGAGUGCACUGGGUUCACUAGCUCAGAGGCAGAGUACUGCGCCUUACACAGCCUUCCCUAUGUCUCUGUCUCAGCCUCACUCCACUCCAGCUCCCACCUCUGCCUCCACCUCUUUCCCAGUCAUGCCCCAGAUGCACAGCCUGGGCCCCAGCUCCUUAGCCCCACCUCCCCCAGUGAGGCUCUCAGAGCCAUCUUGGAACUGGGUGCCUCAGGGUAACUCGGCAGCCACCCCUCUCUACAGCACCCCCAUCAGCAGUGGGCUGAGGGCCUCUGAGGACCUCAUCAAUAGCCGAUGGAGCCAGAUCUUCCCUGGAGCAGGUAUGGACCCAAUCACCUCCAGCACCUUGAGGACCUCCUCAGCCUACCCAUCAUACACUCCUGUUAGUGAACACAGUCGAGGCCUGCAGUCCAUGCAGAAGUCAGUGGAGGCGGACGGCCAGAGACUGCAGGGGCUGAUCGACGGCAACAAGAGGUGGCUGGAGAUGCGCAAGAAAGACACCAGCAUACCUCUGUUCACUCGCUAUCGGGCUCCAUCCACUAAGAGCGGCCUUGUCCAGCUGGGACUGGACGAUAACAACCAGAUCAGAGUCUAUCAUUACUGAGGACAUGACGCACAGUUCAGUCCUGCUGCACGGUGACUGUCACCGAGGACUUUGACUGACUUUAACGACUGUGACAAGUCAGAGCUGUGACGUUUACACGCAGGGCCUCAAGUGAGUGCCCUGUGCCCUCUGUGAUUCAUUCCUUAGGUUUUCAGGGAAAACCCGGCCUCCUCCACUGUGAUUGGAGGAAGAACUGACUGCAGAGGAUAUGGUAGUUCAGGGGGCCACAUGUCACAGAGGGCUGAGGACUUUUAUCCUCCACAUCAGAUACCUUUUAAAGCACUUCCGUGUCAUGUUUACAGAUAUAAGCUCCAUGCCAGACUUGGGUCAAACACUAUUUUAAUGAUUUAGUUUACAUUGAUGUCAGGUGGCCGUUUGUAGGAGAAUCACAGAGAAGCAUCUUCAUUCUACUUGGAACACUCCUUUAUUAAUGAAACCUUCCCAUACGUCAUCUAAUUUGUCUUCUCGUGAACUCCAGACUUAACACUUAAAAACAUGCUUUACAGAUGCACAGAGGUCAACUUCCAUUACAUGAUGUUAUAUUUGUAUUUAUGCCACUGGUUUUGUAAAGGACUUGUGUGUGAACUUCUUCGAUUCUUGUCAUUUUAGCCUUUCAGAAACAGAUUCAAUCACUGUUUUUGUAAAGGUUAAGACAGUUCACUUUUAUUUUGUAUACUUUUCCAUACUCUCUAAAACAGAGAUGUAUUACAGUACAGCAGUUGUCGUUAGCCGUGGCUAGUGUAAAAUUUAACAUAUGCAGGCAGAAGAAUGUCCUUUGUGCUUAUAAAUUUGUGUAAAUACUGUAUUUUUCUAUGAAAUAUUUUAAUAAAUCUAAUUUUAUAUAUA